CCCUUUCCUUAAUUAUUAUUGAACAGGAGAAUAUUGGAAGUAAUUGAAAAAAGUGUCGUAUCGACAAAAUCCUUUAGUUGAUCAACUGAUAGCUGACUUAUUACUAUGAAAGAGCUGUGUUGCCUAGUUAGUGGCAUUAGCAGAAAGGACAAUAUUUAAGGAGGGAAACAGGUAGAAAUACUGAUGGAAGAAAAUGCUUGUUUCUAUGAUCUGACCUAUUACCUUAAUGGUUGCACCAAUCAAAAUCCAGAUGCUGAUGAGGAUGAACGGCAAAUAACACCAACAUUGAAUCUGUUAAACAUUAGCUAUGACGUCUCGGAGUUUUUAGGACCUUGGUGGAAAGGAGCUUGUUUUCGGCAUAAGAAACAAAAGCGAGUUCUAAAUGAUAUAAACAUACAGUUCAGAAGUGGAGAGCUUACAGCUAUACUUGGAAGUUCAGGUUCAGGAAAAACCUCUCUUUUGGAUAUAAUUGCUUCCAGAUCAAAUGGACAAGUUGGCGGGAAAGUUUACUACAACAAUUAUCUGUGUACGGCAGAAGUCAUCAAACAAUAUGCUGCAUACGUUAUGCAAGCAGAUCGUCUUCUUCAUAACCUUACAGUUCGAGAAACAAUAAGAUAUGCAGCACUUCUCAGGUUACCAGGAAAAAUGGGCAGCAAAGAAAUUGAUGAAAAGGUUGACAAGGCUAUAGCAGAAAUGGGAUUAAAACACGUAGCAGACUCGAGAGUUGGUGGUUCUGUAGUCCGAGGAAUAUCUGGUGGCGAAAGACGACGAGUAACUAUUGCAAUUCAACUUCUUCAAGACCCUAAAAUCCUUCUCCUGGACGAGCCAACUACUGGACUUGACAGUUGUACAACACGCCAUCUUGUGUCAAGUUUAUCAGACAUUGCUCACAAUGGUAAAAUAGUGAUUUUGACAAUUCACCAACCUCGUUCUGAUGUCUUUAAAAUGUUUGAUAAGAUAGGGCUCCUGAGUAUGGGAGAGAUGGUAUACUUCGGAAAGUCAGGACAAAUGGUGGAAUAUUUCCAAGAUCUCGGCUACCCUUGUCCUACAUAUGCUAGCCCAUUUGAUCACUAUGUUGAUCUCGCCAGCAUUGACAGAAGAAACCAUGAACGUGAAAUUGAAACUAUGUCUAAAGUACAAAAGCUAGUUCAAGCUUUCUCAAAUUCUUCAAUCAAUGAUGAAAAUAUUCACAACAUUGAAGAAGAAACUUUGAGGCAUUCGACAAGGAGGACUAUGUUGUUCUUCUUCAAACCUCAGCCUCCGAGUUUGAUGCGGGUGCUUUAUUGUUUGAUUGGUCGAAUGCUUGUAAAUCUUAAAAGGGACAGAACUAUAUACAUGUCCCGUUUGAUAAUGUUAUCAUUGUUUGUACCGUUUGUAUGUGCCUUUCUGGGACAUAUAAAGACAGAUCAGAAAUCUAUACAGGACAGAAUUGGACUUAUGUACCAGUCAGUCGGUGUACCAACAUAUGUAGGGAUCCUAAUUGCUGUUGGCGUCUUUCCGCCUUUAAGAGACCUCUAUUUCAGAGAAUGUCGGGAUGGUCUGUACUCGACAACGUCUUUCCUACUGUCGUAUGCUAUACAUGUCAUCCCAUUCCAGGCAAUAUCAGCUAUGAUAUUCAGCAUUAUAGUUUAUUGGGUGACAGGACUUCAUCCUUCGUGGAGCAGAUUUGCUAUAUACUAUGCCACCAUAUUUGUUCUGCAUUUUAUUGGUGAGAUUAUGACAGUGGGUGUGAUGGGAGUAUUCUUCAAUCCACAGAUCGCCAACAGUACAUCGGCUUUAAUAUUGUCGGCGUCAGUACUCAUAGCAACGGGAUUUCUCAGGUCGUUUCCAAACAUGCUUGACAUAUUUCAAUGGGGCAGUUGGCUAAGCGUUAUGAAAUACAGUGCUGAGAUUCUCGUAGCCAAUGAAUUCAGUGGACUUAAUUUUACUUGUCCGCCUGAGCAAAAUAUACCAUGUCAGUAUCCCACCGGAGAGAAAUAUUUGGCCGAUUAUUACCCAGAUGCUGUAGAGCAUAUGAGAAGAAACUUUUGGGCAUUAGGUGGUUUCAUGGUGUCGUUUCUAUUUUUUACCAUUGUUGCCUUUAAAAUAAGAGGCAUACCUAAUAUGCAUUGAAACUAUUAUCCCACAUCGGGCGGAUUUGAAAUGGACGCGGUGGGUGUGCAUGAACCAAUCAAAAGUGAAUAAGAAUAUUUUUUGAAAAUAGCACAAGUAAUAAACAUGAUGAUAUUUUUGGUGACAUGCCCACUACAUUCAUUUUAUCUGAAUCUGCUUUUUGGAAAGUCUUUCAUUACAUCCAGGCGGAUAAAGUGGUAUAAAAGCGAUGUGAAUGAACCGAAAUUGAAAAACAAACUUAUAACUAUAUAUCAUUUGAGAUCAAUUCAAAACAUAUAUAAAAAGUUAAGAUACAGAUUACAUUGAACAAUUUAGGUGACACAUCCCUCAUAAACCACAUUUGUCAGUUUCGCGAUUACAAGUCUUUCAAUCACACAACGAUAACUAUCAUACCAAAGAACUUUCAUUUAAUUUAUAGAUCAUUGUUUGAUUCUAAUAUGCUGCAGGGCUGUAAAUUAAAAAAAAGCAAGCGUGUAAAUGUAAGAUUGUGUGCAACAGUACAUGCAUACUCAUUAUCAAUUUGGCCAACUUUGACAAUUCUAACGUGAUACGUGUAUUAAGGUAUCAUAAGGAAUGGUCCAAAUGCGCUAUAUGCUAAUCGUGUUAAGCAAGUUACUUUAGUAGAAGUUAUUAUCAAUAUUCUAUAAAUUGAA